ACGAAACAUAACAGGAGCGAGAAAAAAGCAAGGAAGGCGCUUUCCAAAUUGGGAUUGAAAUCUAUCUCGGGGAUUUCCCGAGUCACAGUUCGGAAAUCCCAAAACAUUUUAUUCGUGAUCGACAGUCCGGACGUGUAUAAGAACCACUCGUCCGAAACGUACAUCAUCUUUGGAGAGGCCAAGGUCGAGGAUGCCAGCCAGCAAGCUCAAGCGGUCGCAGCUGAGAAGUUCAAGCCGCCCACAGCUGCCACAGCUGCUGCCGCUAAUGAGUAUUCAACAACUUCGAAAUUGAUUGACAGCAAGGAGGAGGAGUCAGACGGAGAGGUUGACCUGGAUGAGACGGGAAUCGAACCCAAGGACGUCGAGUUAGUGAUCUCCCAAGCUGGAGUCUCCAGGAGGAAAGCCGUCAACGCUCUAAAAAGAAAUCAGAACGAUAUCGUCAAUACAAUCAUGGUAUGUAUGUAUGGGUGUAUGUAUGUACGUGCGUAUGUGUGUGUGUGUGUGCGUGUGUAUCUGUGUGUGCGUGUGUAUCUGUGUGUGUAUGUAUGUAUAUGUGUGUAUGUAAGUUUUUUGUAUGAGGUUGUGUGA